AUGGCCUUACGUAGUGCUUUGGAAGACCAUCGUUCUAUCUGCCCCGUUGUUUUGGCUAGGAAAGUCAAAGCCAUGUACUCAAAUGCCGAUUUAACUGGAACUAGGAAAUGUAGAAUUUUGUCUAUGUUAGACAUAAUUAAGCGUCCCGAGGAAACUAUUUUCCAUCCACCAAAUAGUGAACUGACUCUUGGCCAUUUGAACGAGGAGUCCACAGUAGUCUGCAUGCAAGCUCAAUCAAGCCAUAACAAUCCAGAUUGUAACCAGAGCUUUGAGAUGAUUGCGUACUUUAUCGAGACCUUAGGCACAAGCUCAGCAAGCUCAGAUCCAAAUCAGGCUCAAUUAUCUUCCGGCCUCUCAUAUGAAAGUCCAAUUGAUCUAACAACUGAUGACCACACCUCAUCAAUUGCAUCGCCAUGUUCCAAUAAGAAAAUGACCUGUAACUUCUGA